CUAUUUAUUAACUUUUUGUCCACUUUCUAUACAGGUAAGUAUAUUCGAAUUUAAAAUGCAAAGAAGUUUACGAUUAAAACGCGAGUUACAUAUGUUGGCUCAAAAUCCUUCACCGGGAAUAUCUUGCUGGCAAGAUGAAAACCAAAUAAAUGUAAUCCAUGCACAAAUAAUUGGAAGCGAUGGUACACCUUAUGCUGGUGGAAUAUUUUCAAUAGAGGUUUCUGUCCCAGAUAGAUAUCCAUUCGAACCUCCAAAAGCAAGGUUCAUGACCCCUAUAUAUCACCCUAACAUUGAUAGUGGUGGUAGGAUAUGUCUGGAUACAUUAAAGAUGCCUCCACAGGGUGCAUGGAAGCCAUCAUUAAACAUUGGCUCCAUCUUAACAACUAUACAACUACUAAUGUCAGAACCAAACCCUGAUGAUCCUCUUAUGGCAGAUAUUUCUGCAGAAUACAAAUUCGACAAACCCAUGUUUACACAAAAAGCCAUCGAACACACUAGGCAACAUGCAUUUGGAAAAUCACUGUUUCAGAAUCCGCAUAGAGAAAGUUGUUGUUCUUCUGAUGAUGACCAGUUAAUGGAAACAAACAGUACAGAAGAAUUCCCACAAUGUUCAGGGCAUACCUCAAAUUCAAGAAAAAGGCUUUCAAAAGACCUUCAGCAAACAAACAAUACGGACCAUGCGAGCAAAAAACCGAGAGAGUUUGUUUGACCCGAGUAAUACUGCUAAGAAAUUUACUUGAAUUUUAUUACCUGGUUAAUAACUCCCCUCAAAUUCAAAUUUAUUUCGGAUUCUCAGUUUGUGACGCGACUUCGUUUCUGAUCCCAGUUACUAGAUGUAUUUGGUCCGCCAUUGUGAAAUGUGCCUGGUAUUUCUAUUUUAUGAGAUUUUUUGCAUUAUUUUUUGUUGUUGUGUAUUAAAUACUCAGCAAGCUUCACAUUGCCAAGUGCCAUUGAUUUGUAUGCUUCGUAUGAAUAUCGUGUUCUUUUCCAGUUUGUUGUUUUUUCUAUUCUUUCUUAUUCUCGAAAAUCACUUUAAAAUUCUGUUCUGCAAGCACAAU